AAGUGUAGGAAACCAAUAGCGCGUCUGCACAGAGAGAGAGAGAGAGACAGAGAGAAGAGAGGAGACAACACAUCUCGGCAGUCACCGAGCAGACGGGAUGAAGCGCGAGCGCACGGACCGUUUCCUCCGGUAAACAAAGCGAAGCAGGAGCCUGGAAAACACCGGAGGGAAGCCGAGGAGGAGGGGGGGGAUUUCGGGGACACAGCCAUGGCGACUAGAGGAGGCGGCGGCAGCGGAGGAGCGAGGCGGAGGAGGAAAGCGGGGCUCCCGGGAUUCUGCUGGAAAACCUGCUACUUUCCCAUUUUGUUCUGGGUCGUUUCCGUGUGCGGAGAGGAGCAGACGCUGAUUGUAAAGACGUGGCUGAAGAACUACGGCUACCUGCUGCCUCACGACGUGCGCACGUCGGACCUGCGGCAGGAGAAAGCCAUGCAGUCGGCCGUGGCCGCCAUGCAGCGCUUCUACGGCAUUCCUGUGACGGGAAUACUGGACGAGACGACUAUAGAGUGGAUGAGGAGACCUCGCUGUGGCGUCCCAGAUCAUCCUCACACCAGCCGCCGGCAGAGGAACAAACGCUACGCCCUGACGGGACAGAAAUGGAGAGACAAAAAGAUCUCCUACAGCAUAUCGAACUUCACCCCCAAAGUGGGCGAGAAGGACACGCAGAGAGCGAUCCGACAAGCCUUCAACGUGUGGCAGACGGUCACUCCGCUCUCCUUCCAGGAGGUGCCGUACUCGGAGAUCAAGAACGAGGGCAAGGAGGCCGACAUCAUGAUCUUCUUUGCCUCCGGUUUCCACGGCGACAGCUCUCCGUUCGACGGAGAGGGGGGUUUCCUGGCCCACGCCUACUUCCCCGGCGCCGGCAUCGGAGGAGACACGCACUUUGACUCUGACGAGCCCUGGACGCUGGGCAACGCCAACCACGACGGUAAUGAUCUGUUCCUGGUGGCGGUCCACGAGUUGGGCCACGCGUUGGGUUUGGAGCACUCCAACGACCCCAGCGCCAUCAUGGCUCCGUUCUAUCAGUACAUGGACACGCACAACUUCAAACUGCCUCUGGACGACCUGCAGGGCAUCCAGAAAAUCUACGGCAUCCCCACGGCCAUGCUGGAGCCCACCAGGCCGUUACCCACCUUACCCUCCCGACGGACACACUCCACCUCCGAGCGGAAGCACGACCGCCACUCCCGCCCGGCGCGCCCGCCCGGUGACCGGCCCGCGCUGCCUGGCAACGGCAAACCCAACAUCUGCGACGGCAACUUCAACACGGUGGCCUUCUUCAGACGGGAGAUGUUCGUCUUCAAGGACCGGUGGUUUUGGCGUCUGAGGAACAACAAGGUGCAGGAGGGUUAUCCCAUGCAGAUCGAUCAGUUCUGGAAGGGCCUGCCGCCUCGCAUCGACGCUGCCUACGAGAGAUCUGAUGGCAAAUUUGUCUUCUUCAAAGGCGAUAAGUUCUGGGUGUUUAAGGAAGUGAUGGCCGAGCCCGGUUACCCCCACAGCCUGGUGGAGCUGGGCAGCUGCCUCCCCAAAGACGGCAUCGACACAGCGCUGCGCUGGGAGCCCGUCGGGAAAACCUACUUCUUCAAAGGAGACCAGUACUGGCGCUACAACGAGGAGAAGCACACGGCGGAUCCAGGGUACCCCAAACCCAUCACCGUGUGGAAGGGAGUACCGGACGCACCGCAGGGGGCCUUCAUCAGCAGGGAGGGAUACUACACGUACUUCUACAAGGGGAAGGAUUACUGGAAGUUCGACAACCAGAAGCUGACAGUGGAACCCGGGUAUCCAAAGUCGAUCCUGCGCGACUGGAUGGGCUGCGACCAGUCCGACAUGGAGCGCUCCGGCAGCAAGGGUAACCGCGGAGACCGCCAGUUGCCCCUCGACGACGUGGACAUCAUGGUGACCAUCAACGACGUGCCGACGACGGUCAACGCCAUCGCCGUGGUGAUCCCCUGCAUCCUGUCGCUGUGCAUCCUGGUGCUGGUGUACACCAUAUUCCAGUUUAAAAACAAAGGAGUGCAGCAGAACACCAUGACUCAGCACUAUUACAAAUACCCGGUUCAGGAGUGGGUAUGACAGGCAACUUUCCUUUUUAAAGGAGGUCAAAGUUCGUGGAUUUAAGGGGGUCAAGCAUCUCCAUACUGUUAGCUAGCUUAUGUUGGCUAAUGGCCAGGAACGCUAGCGAAAAAAACAAUGGAAAGUCAACACUGAAAGAUGCUAAUUGUGCAAGCUACUGAUAAAAGUGCGGACACUGAAGAUGCUCCGCGAGAAAAGAUUCAGAAAUUGGCUCACAGUGUGUGUGUGUGUGUGUGUUUGUGUGUGGGUGCGUGUGUGCGUGCGUGUGUGUGCACUUGAGUGUUAAACAGCUACUGAUUUUGGCUUUUUCCCAUUCCUCACCGGGUGAGAAUGCGUAAAACGAACAUGGCUGAUCACAGCGAGAACAAGUCCGCAAAGACUGAUUAGUCAACAACCUCUCUGGUUAAGUAAAACGGGGUCUUACGAGCGACGCCAAACUUUGUUUGACUAUUUCUUCUUGGACCUGCAACAUGACUCUUCUUCUCAGUAACAAUUAAAAAAAAAAGAAAGAGGAUUUGGAGCAAAAAUGAUAUGCUCCUCAAAGCCAGACAACACCAUAAAACAACUUGUACAACUACUUACUAUUGAAAUUUUGAAGAAGAAAAAAGAGAAAAGAAAUGGUUUAAAAAUAUCAAACUUGAAAAUAAAAAUGUAGGUAGAAAAGGCCCUAACAAAAAGAAAACCAAGGAUCUUUCCGUGGAUCUGUGAAUUUUAAUUAAUUAAUUUAUAGUUGUAUAGUUGUAGUGUGCUGUAAAACUGUCAAAGAGGACCUUUUUCUCUCUUUCUUUCACCACCCACAACAACAAACAUCUUCAUCACCAUUAACUCAGACCUUUGUCAACUUAAAACUCCCCUGCUUUGAUUCACACAGCUUGGAGCAACAGGUUUUUGGAAAUGUAGAAUAGCUAGUCAUCGGCGUAUAAUGAUACAAUGCAUGGUUGACAGUUCAACAGGGUUAUCUCUGCUUAAUUUUAAACACAUUGGCUCAUAUUUAACAAGCUGCACACAACCAGGGCUCGUAUUUAUCAAACUUUUACUUGUCUCAAGACCGAGUCAAGACAAAGACCAGACCAGCGCGAGUCCCACACUGCAUGACACGAUAAAAUGUGAAAAAUAUUAAAGCUUUAGUGCGUAACUUUUUGAUAUUAAUGACGUCUGUUACAUUGAAGCCAUUGCCAUAUUGAAUUCCUCAUGGGGGCGACAGAAACUACGCACUAUAGCUUAAACCAUAGGCACUCCUGAAAUUGAUCUGAAAGAUUUACAUUCCCAUUAGACACCUACAGAAAACAAGAAUCGUUUUCAGUCACGACUAGUAUUGCUUACUUACAUAGCUACUAUGUAUAGCUAAAACUCGUUUUUUUUUUAGAUGGUUUAGGUAACC